GAUUCAGCUUUCUGAUUCACUGGGUUUAUGAGCUAGUCAUAAAGUUGCCCUAUCUUUCUUCCUUUUCUUUUUUUCCUUUCUCUCUGACUGCCAUAACACAUUCAGUAAUAACCUUCAGGAAAUGAAAACACCUGCUGGACAUUAACUCCUCGGGUAGGAGCUUUCCAAACGGCAUCAGAACAGCAAGUAUCCAGGAAAACAGGUUAUCUUGUCACCUUUGAGAAGCCUCUGCUAUUUUGCCACAACACUAAAGCCAAAAGAUGCGAAUGACAGGCGUGCUGCGGGGCCUGGCUGUGCUCUUCACUCUACUCACAACCUGGCUCUUUGCCACCACCUAUUUCCACCGUGUAAGCAUAAAAUCAGUCAACCUGAGGAGCUGGUUGGGGCCCAAUGAUAUGCCAACUAAAGCAUCAAAAGUCCGAUAUAGCUGUGGCAAUCAAAGAAAUUGCCCUGAAAACACCUUUGCUUUCAAGAUCAUCAGUGGCGCAGCCAAUGUCGUCGGACCUUCCAUGUGCCUUCAGGAUACGGUAUUUAUGAGCGCUAUCAAAAAUAACAUUGGCCGAGGACUGAACAUUGUUGUUGUCAAUGGAACUAAUGCUCACCUUAUCAAGAUGGCUGCCUUUGACAUGUAUUCAGGAGAUGUUAAAGAUUUAGUGAUGUUUCUGGGGGGAAUUAAGCAAGGUUCCCUUGUGCUCAUUGCCUCCUAUGAUGACCCUGCCACAAAGCUGAAUGAUGAAGCACGGAAGAUGUUGACUGAACUUGGAAGUAACUACGCUUCCAAGCUGGGAUUUCGGGACAACUGGAUAUUCCUCGGUGGGAAAGGACUCAAAAACAAAUCUCCUUUUGAACAGUAUUUGAAAAACAACAAGGACACCAACAAAUAUGAUGGCUGGCCUGAAAUGCUGGAGAUGGAGGGUUGUGUGCCCAAGAAGGUAGACUAGCAGUGGACUCAAGGCAGAACCACAGCUUCUGUGGCCUCCAUGAAAAGACUUUUGCCUUUGACUCCAGCGGGUUCCACACUCUGCUGCUAGAAUUGCUCUUUCCUCUCAACAUUACUUUGGCACAAGCAAGCCCAUGCAACCUGUGGCCCCAACGCAUCAAGUCUGUCAGCUGUUUAUAGCCACCCCAGAAGAGCUGAAUAAACUUUCUGGCCUCUUCCAAAACAGUACUAAACCUAAAGUAUCAUUCCUAUGCAAUCCACUACUAAACAAACUCUUAUUAUAUUUGAAUAUAUCAGUAACAUCACUGUCAUUGUAAAAAAGUUGCUCUUUUUGUUUGAAAAUAUCAUACAAUACAAAAGUUGUCAGACAUUCCACAUUCCACUUGUUGUUCAAUACAAAGCGAAAGGAUUAACGCUAGCAGUGGAUAGUGUAGGAACAGUUCUAUAGGUCUAGUAUUGUUUAUUCUUCGAUUGACGUAUUACAAUAAAGGCAUGGCGCUA